UAAAAGAUUACAUAAGGGUGAAAUAUAAAGCUAUGAGCAACUCAUCGGGUCCUCAAUACUAUCGCAACUCUGGAGCAGAAGUCAUGGGUGUUCUGAAGGGAAUUGUUCUGUUCGCCGUUCUGGCCGGAGCAUGUGUGGCUAGGCACAUUGCUGCCGAGCCAGCAUUUUGUAGAGAGCUGGAGUGCCCAAAAUUCACCACCGAUUACACAACGAAGGACUACGAGAAGCGGACAUAUCCACAGUCGAUGUGGGUCAGCACCACCAUCAUCGGUGUUGACUACCAAGGUGCAUCCACUCAAGGCUUCGACAAGCUCUUCGAAUACAUCAGCGGUAAAAACUCAGAGAAAAAGAAGAUUGACAUGACCGCCCCGGUGAUCACUCGAGUUAUGCCUGGUCAGGGGCCAACCUGCGCCGACAACUUCACCGUGUCCUUCAUGGUCCCCUUCGAGUUGCAACCGAACCCUCCCCAGCCUACGGAUAGCUCAGUGAUUGUGUCUACCCUACCAGCACACCAGGCUUACGUCAGGUCUUACCCUGGUUUCUCGAAUGAGAAGAAGUUUCUGGAGGAAGCCGAGGCUCUGGCUAAGGCUUUGAACAGCAGCCAGCCGUACCAGAAGAGCUUCUACUACACGGCCGGCUACGACAGUCCCUUCACUGUCCUGAAUCGCCACAACGAGAUCUGGUUCAUUAUUUAGAAAGGAACUCCAGCAUCCAGGUGGCAAAGUCGACAGCGGACGGUCGCGUGAAUUGAUCUUCGAUAACUCAUGGCAUUCUCUUCUUAAUCUUGUUAAUCGAGACUAGCUAACUUUUUGUUUAGGAUCUGCUCCUUGCUUAAAGUGUAGCUUCAUUUGGGAAUUAUGUUCAGAAUUAAACACUAUGCAAAGCCCAGAAUCACGAUCAUUAUUUAGGCCACAAGGCCUCAGAAAUCUCACAUUCAUGUCACAUUCAUAUCGAGAGAUCUUAUUUGUUAUUUCAGUUAAUUCUCUUCAGCUUUGAGUUUAUAAUCACACAUUGAUACAGACUGUGGUACUGGCCAGAAGCACCAUUAUAAUGAUUAUAAGAACUUUAUACAGAUCAAAGUAGGCUUGCAUAAUGGUAUG